AAUAAAUAACCAGCUAGCUGCAUCACAUAUAAAGACGUACUAUCGAAGUGUCAUAUCUAAAUGUUGCAAUAUUAGAAUCAGAUUACACUCCAAUGUUAAUGUUCAUAAUGCUACGUGAAAUGUAGCUAGGAAAAUAUCAAAAUGGGGGAGACAUACGUCGAUUCCAACUUCACUCUAAAUUAUACAGAUAUGUAUGACGUGAUUGAUGAUGAAAAAGAUGUGUGCGCAAUCGCAGAUGAUCCCAAAUAUCCGAGUAGUUUCGGAAUUACACUUGCAGUUCCGGAAUGGGAAGCAAUAUGUACUGCAAUAGUACUUACCCUUAUAAUCUUGUCUACAAUUGUUGGGAACAUUCUAGUAAUACUUAGCGUAUUUACGUAUAAGCCACUUAGAAUCGUCCAGAACUUUUUCAUCGUGUCUUUGGCAGUAGCUGACUUGACUGUCGCUAUUUUAGUACUUCCAUUCAAUGUGGCUUAUUCCAUACUAGGACAAUGGGUAUUUGGGAUAUAUGUAUGCAAAAUGUGGUUAACUUGCGACAUUAUGUGUUGUACAUCAUCUAUAUUGAACUUAUGUGCAAUUGCACUCGACAGGUAUUGGGCUAUUACGGAUCCAAUAAAUUAUGCACAAAAGAGAACUUUAGAAAGAGUUUUACUAAUGAUUGGAAUAGUUUGGGUUCUCUCACUAAUUAUUAGUUCUCCACCCUUACUGGGAUGGAAUGAUUGGCCCGAGGUAUUCGAACCUGAUACACCCUGCCGUUUGACUUCUCAGCCGGGUUUCGUCGUAUUUUCCUCAUCUGGAUCUUUCUAUAUCCCAUUAGUUAUAAUGACCGUAGUUUAUUUCGAAAUAUACUUAGCUACAAAGAAAAGGUUAAGAGAUCGGGCGAAAGCAACAAAAAUCAGUACUAUCUCAACGGGUCAGAACCGUUUCGCUGUAAAAGAUAGUGAUCAGAACGAUCAAGAUUCAGUAAGUUCUGAAGCUAAUCACAAUGAGCAUCAAGGUGUCACGCGUUUGGUUUCAGACAACGAAAAGAAGAAAAAGACUAGAAAGCUAACUCCUAAAAAGAAACCGAAAAAACGUUACUGGAGUAAAGAUGACAAAUCUCAAAAUAAACUAAUAGUACCAAUUUUGUCUAACGAAAAUUCCGUAACAGAUAUGGUAGAAAAUAUAGAAAAUAGAAACACCUCCUCUGAGAGCAAUUCUAAAGAAGCUCAUGACGAUGAAUUGUUACCGGCAAACCAACCUACAUUGGUAAAGGCUCCUAAGCGAGCAAAACCCAGUCAACAGAAUACAGUUUAUCAAUUUAUUGAGGAAAAACAGAGGAUCUCGUUAACACGAGAGCGACGAGCCGCUAGGACACUUGGGAUUAUAAUGGGAGUAUUUGUCGUGUGCUGGCUACCUUUUUUUGUAAUAUACCUUGUCAACCCUUUUUGUGCAAGCUGCUGUUUAUCCAAUAAGUUUAUCAACUUUAUCACUUGGCUCGGUUACGUCAAUUCUGCAUUAAAUCCCUUAAUUUACACAAUAUUCAAUAUGGACUUUAGAAGAGCCUUCAAGAAAUUGUUGUGUUUAAAGCCAUAAAAUCAAGUGUUGUGCCAAAACAGUUAUAAAAUUAGAGUUUAUGCUUGAGAAG